AUGGUAGCACGAACAUCAGCUGCAGGAGUUGCAGCUCAUUGCUCUGCCAGUGGCAAAAGUAUUGUAACAUUCCUUCAUGAAGUCGUCUAUCAUGUUGAUGCUGCCGCAGAUACUCCUUCUUCUGCUGCCGAUGCUUUGCUUCAUUCCCUCAGGACCAGCAAUAUGCCUAACACACCUGUUGCAAGCACAUCCCAACAAACAAAGCGUAAGAUAGGCGAAACAUCACCAGAAAAUAAUAACAUGGCAAAGAAACCUGUUGGUAGUAUGGAGGUCAGUGAACUUAUGGAAAUUAUGAAAUUCACUAUGAAUAAUAUACUUGAAGAGAAAAUUAAGAAUCUGCCCACCAAACAAGAUAUGGAAGAUGUUAAAGCCGGUAUAUCAUUUGCAACUUCUGAAAUUGCCAAUCUGAAGACUGAAAAUAUUCAGUUAAAACAGGAAGUGGAAUUGCUCAAGAACAAACUGGAAGAAAGCGACAGGAAUGUGGCAUGGUUGGAGCAUCAAAUACAAAACACAAAGCUUGUCUUUAAAAAUAUUUCAAAAGAUAAGCCUGCUCUGAAUAUAGUCAAACAGAUAUGUAAUGACAUGCUAAACAUCAACCCCCCUAUAGCUUCGGCAAGAACCCUUUAUGAACGAAACGGAUUGCAAACUGUAAUAGCCGAGUUCCCAAAUGAAAAUGCAGUAGUUGAGGAGUUUGAAAUCAUUAUCCUCAUAGAAACACAUAUCACAGCACAAAAAAGAUCUCAAACCGAAAAAUACUUCCCCGAGUAUGAAAUAUAUUGGGUAGAUGCCAUAAAAAUAAAUAGAUUUGGUCGUGCUAUCGGCGGAGUAUUCGUAGGAGUGAAAAAAUCUUUAAAUAAAGCAGGCAUAAAGCAUACAUUUAUUCUUAAUCAGACACUCUGUGGAUUACAGAUUAUAACAGAAAAUUUUCAACUGUUGAUAGUUCCACUCUAUAUAAGGGGCUCAGACUGGAUACGAGAGUUUGCCCUAGCAAAAUUGUUCAUGGAAGAAAUGAAAUGCGAAAACCUUAUAGUGCUAGGUGAUAUAAACGUUAGAAUAGGCGAAUCACAACAAGGCAUUGUUGAUCUAUAUAGAGAUUCGUUCCACGCAUGUACUGGGCCGAGAAAGUCUAAAGAUAAAGAAUUAAAUACGAAUGGACGAAGGUAUAUCGACUACUGCAAUGAACAUAACCUGGUAAUUCUAAAUGGCCAAACAUUAGGAGAUGAGGACGGUAAUUUUACAUAUUUGAGCAACACCGGAACCUCAGUAAAUGAUAUAUGCUCAGUAUCCAUAAACAUGCUUCAAUAUGUGGAAAGCUUCAAGGUGGUAGACAAAAUCUGGUCAGAUCAUUUGCCAAUAACUCUUAACCUAAAGCUAAACAACACAGUAGUCCCACAAAAUAGGCUCAAUUUACUACCGAAGCUGCAUUGGAAAGAUAGUCAUAAAUUGCAAUACCAGGAAAACCUCACCGCUAAUCUGAGCUUACAAUUAAUGUCCAACAAUAUAACAUGUCUCAAGCACAUGACAAAUACAAUUGUUGCAUCGGCAGUUCAGCAAAACAAAGCGCAGCAGUACGUACCACAGAAAAAGUGGUUUAAUGAUAGAUGCUACUGGGCAAGAAGGAAAACAUUUGAAAUCUUAUCGAAAUUUCGGAAAUCAUCGUCGGAAACAGAUAGACAGGCAUAUUUGAGCGCAAAAAAAAGAUAUAAGGACAUUUGCGAAGUAUCUAAAAGAAUGUACUACGCCAAUAUCUCUGAGAAACUAAAUAAUACAUCGAAUGCAAAAGAAUGGUGGAGUUUAGUAAGAGAGUUAAAUGGCCAGGACUUUCGUAUCAGUCAUACUUUAUCCGCAGAGAUACUUAGAACCCAUUUUAUGGAACUGCUCAGGCAGGAACAAUCGUCUUUGAGAGUUCAUUACGCACCUGCACUGAUCGUAAACGACAUUCUAGAUAAAGACAUAACAUUAGAGGAAAUUAAGUAUACCCUUGCCAAAACAAAACCGAACAAGGCGCCAGGUGAAGACCGAAUUCCCUAUGAAUUCUAUUCAAAUGCUACUGAUGAAUUCCUGACCCAGCUUGCAGCAAUUUUCAACAAGAUCUACACCGAGGGCAAAAUUGAGGAAGAAUUUCAGAAAACAGUUAUAUUCCCUAUUCAUAAAAAAGGCAGACUCGAUGAUGCAUCGAAUUAUAGAGGUAUAUCCUUUAUGAAUUCCGUGGCUAAAAUAUUCAUGGGUGUACUAAAUGAUAGACUGGGACAAUGGGUUGAAGAAAACAAUAUAUUGGUUGAAUUCCAGGCAGGUUUUCGAAAAAACUAUUCUACGGUGGACAAUAUAUAUAAUUUAGCUUCGAUGGUCAAUAUCAAGCUGGCGGAAAAGAAGAAGGUUUACGCGUUUUUUGUAGAUUUUCGAGCGGCAUUUGACAAAAUUUCACGAAACUUACUUUUCUACAAAUUAAAUCAGAUUGGCAUCUCUUUCAAAUUUAUAAAGAUGAUAGAAGCUGUCUAUCAAAACACUCAGUCAGCAGUGUGGACUGGAGAAGAGCUGUCUGGUUAUUUUGAUACAGAAUCUGGUGUAAAACAAGGGUGCUUACUAUCGCCAUUAUUAUUUUCUCUUUAUAUAAACGACUUAAGCGAUGCACUGGAAGGAGGUGUAGAUAUAGAAGGCAUAAACAUAAAAACCCUGCUGUAUGCUGACGACAUAGUAAUUUUAGCGGAGGAUUCAACUACCCUGCAACAAAUGAUAGCAAACUUGGAAGAAUUUUGUAAAAAAUGGAGCUUAAUAGUCAACACUGAGAAGUCUAAAAUCAUGGUAUUCCGAAACGGGGGAAGACUAUCACAGCAGGAUAAAUGGUUCUUCCAUGCAGAACCAUUAGAAGUGGUAUCAGAAUAUAAGUACUUAGGGGUGGUACUAACGCCCAAAAUGAAGUUCUUGAAGCAUAUUCAGUCCCGGACAACACAAGCUAAAAGUGCUAUAAAAGCAACAUGGAAAAACUUCUUAAAGAAAGACGAAAUAUCCCUGCAAGAUAAAUGGAACUUGUACAUGGCGGUUUGCAGAUCGGUACAGUCGUAUGCAGCGCAGGUCUGGGGCUAUGAAUAUUUUGAAGAAGUUGACCAAUUGCAGCGUUUUUUCUUAAAAACUGUUCUUAAUUUGCCAGACUCUACACCAAAUUAUGCUCUCUAUAUGGAAACAGACUUACAAGAAAGUCAUUUAUACACACUGGGACUGCAUUUGAAGUAUAUAUCUAGUACGUUGUACAGAUAUAAAAGGGAUAGACUGCCGCAUAAACUUACACUUAUAAUGGUCCAGAAACAAAUAUUUUGGGUGAAAGCUUUAAACGACAUUCUAAAUGAGCUGGAUAUGCAACCAUUGGUUGGAAAUAUAACGCAAGGUGAAUGGAACAGUAUGACUAAUUCCAUCAUAGAUUCACUAUCGCAAGCUAACAAGCAAAGAUUGCUGCAGAAAGCUUUACAAAAUCCACAGACUCCAAGCCUGCUGUAUCGCAUCUUUUAG